AUGGAGGGAAAAAUCGCAGUCGAUUCCGAUUACUACACUCUGACCAAAGAUUGGGAGCCUGAGGACUUUCAGUCUGAAACCACAUCUAUCGCCUCGACAAUCGCGAAGGGUCGGUUGGAAAAUGGCAGACGAUACCAGGCUAUGAAGGAAGAUGACUAUUGGAGUCCUUCCGAUGACCAGCAAUUCGAGGCUUUUGAAAUUGGUCAUAUGGUUUUUCUCGUGCUAGACCAUGACCGAGAGAACCCCCUCCACCACUCUCCCAUCGGCAAAUCUCCUAAGCACAUUCUGGACAUUGGCACUGAUAUGUAUCCAUCUGCAACCGUCCGUGGCGUCGACAUCUUCCCCCCUCCGGUGACAUGGAUGCCACCGAACUGCGUACUCGAAGUAGACGAUGUCCUCCGCGAAUGGACCUGGAGAGAACCAUUCGACUUUAUCCACAUGCGUCUACUGCUAGGAGCAUUCACACCCGAGGGAUGGGAUCAAGUGUACAAACAGUGCUACGACGCUCUUACCCCCGGCGGCUGGAUCGAACAAAUGGAACUAGACGUGCGAGUGUACAGCGACGACGGCACCCUGAAAGAAGGCGGCGUUCUAGCCUCAUGGGGCGAUAACUUCAUCGGCUGCUCCGAGCGGGCCGGUCACUCCCUCCUAACGCAGGAGACAAUGCGGGGCGCAAUGGAGAAGGCCGGGUUUGUCGACGUGCAGGAAAAGUUAUACAAGAUUCCUUUAGGGCCGUGGCCGAAGGAUAAGAUUCUCAAGGAGGUUGGACAGCUCCAAUAUGCCCACUGGGUUGCUGCACUGGAGGGCUGGGCUAUGUGGCUGCUCACUAAGUUUGGUGCACCUUCGCCUUGGAGUAAAGAGGAGGUUCAGGUUUAUCUGUCCAAGGUUCGGGCUGAGUUGAGGAAUCCUCGUACUCAUGCUUAUGAAUAUGCUCGUCGAGUCUGGGGUAGGAAGCCUACGGCGGAAGAACUGGCCAACCCAGUCAAGACCGAGCCUAGUUCCUAA